CUAUGGCAAGUCGAAGACAACGACAAUUCGAUCGAAAGUACAGCUCAUAUAAAAAGUACACUGCAACUGAAGAUGUAAGUUAUGCAGCUCAUACAUCGCGUUCAUCAUAUCGUUCUGAAGCAAUCACACAUCGAACCAGCGAUCGAGGAAGAAGUUCUUCAUCUGAAAUCAUCACUGGUGCCGAAACAAGAUCGCUACCAGUGUACAUCGCCAUUCAAGAUUAUACACCUGAGCCUGGAGAUACCGAAUCAGUUACACUAGAACAAGGGCAAAUCGUUGAAGUGCUAGACAAGAAGAACGCUGCAUCAUGGCUUAUAAGAACAAAAGCUCGUCCACCCAGAUCUGGUUGGGUGCCAGGUUCCUACUUUGAGACACCAACUGAAUAUUAUAAGCAGAGAAGAAGGACAAGAGAAAUUGCUGCUGCUGAUUUGAAUUUAACUGAAGAACAAGAAGCAAUAAUGAAAAGAGAUCAAGUUUACCAUGAUUUAUUACGUUCGGAGGAAGAAUAUGUUAACGAGCUGAGGCAUUUGGUUGAAGAUUACAUAAAAGCGAUCGAGAAUGAAUCCGUUCCUAAAGAAGUCGAAAAUGUCAGAGAACAGUUAAUAAUGAAUCUGAAAGAAUUAUGCAAUUUCCAUGCAAAUGUGAUGUUAAAAGGAUUACAAUAUUACUCAGAUGAUCCAGGCAAAGUUGGUCAAACAUUCAUUAGACUUGAACGUGAUUUUGAUCAUCAUAUUCAAUUACACCAUCAAUUACCAACUACUCUUCAACUUCUCUCUCAACCAACAAUUAAGCAGUUUUUACAGGUACUUCAGUUUUUUUGUUGCAUAUGCAUAUAUGUCUAUAUUACCGUCUCGAAUCAACCGCUUCAUAGCUCCUUGCAUUUCACAUAA